CUAGCUCUUCCUCGUUAGGAGGCUGAGAUUGAGACUCGGAUUGCUGAGCUGCGGAAGGAGGGUUUUUGGUCACUGAAGAGGCUGCCUAAAGUGCCCGAGCCUCCCCGCCCCAAAGGCCACUGGGACUAUCUUUGUGAGGAGAUGCAGUGGCUCUCUGCUGACUUUGCUCAGGAGCGACGUUGGAAACGGGGUGUGGCCCGUAAGGUGGUGCGCAUGGUCAUCCGGCACCACGAGGAGCAACGGCAGAAAGAGGAACGGGCUCGGAGAGAAGAGCAGGCCAAGCUACGCCGAAUCGCCUCUACCAUGGCCAAGGAUGUCAGGCAGUUCUGGAGCAAUGUGGAGAAGGUGGUGCAAUUCAAGCAACAGUCCCGGCUUGAGGAAAAGCGUAAAAAAGCUCUGGACCUGCACCUGGACUUCAUUGUGGGGCAAACUGAAAAGUACUCAGACCUUUUAUCUCAGAGCCUCAACCAGCCGCUAGCAUCCAGCAAAGCUGGCUCUUCCCCCUGCCUUGGCUCUUCCUCAGCUGCCUCUAGUCCUCCACCCCCGGUUUCCCGGCUGGACGAUGAAGAUGGGGACUUCCAACCCCAAGAGGAGGAGGAAGAGGAUGAUGAGGAGACGAUUGAGGUUGAAGAACAACAGGAAGGCAACGAUGCAGAGACCCAGAGGCGUGAGAUUGAACUGCUUCGACGUGAGGGAGAAUUGCCAUUGGAAGAGCUGCUCCGUUCCCUCCCCCCUCAGCUGCUAGGAGGGCCUUCCAGCCCCUCGAGAACCCCCUCAUCUCGUGACAGUGACACCCGAGAUGGGCCUGAAGAAGGUGGUGAAGAAGAGCCCUCUCAGGUGUUACAGGUGAAGCCCCCACCCUCUGUCACACAGCGAAACAAACAGCCUUGGCAUCCAGAUGAGGAUGAUGAAGAGUUCACUGCCAAUGAGGAUGAAGCGGAGGAUGAAGAGGAUACUAUAGCAGCUGAGGAGCAGUUGGAAGGGGAGGUGGAUCAUGCCAUGGAGCUGAGCGAGUUGGCUCGAGAAGGUGAGCUAUCUAUGGAGGAGCUCUUGCAGCAGUACGCGGGAGCCUAUGCUUCUGAUGCCUCUGCCCCAGGCUCUGGGAGUAGUGAAGAGGAAGACGAAGAUGAGGUUGAGGCUAACAGCUCUGACUGUGAACCAGAGGGGGCCCUGGAAGCCGAAGAGGCUCCUCAAGAGGAUAGUAGCAGUCAGUCAGAAUCUGCUGAGGAGCAGAGCGAGGAAGAGGAAGAUGAGCGUUCAGAGGAGGAAGAAACAAGCGGCAGUUCAGAAUCAGAGGAAUCGGAGUCUGAUGAGUCUGAGGAGUCUCGAUCACAGAGCCAAGCAGAGGAGGAGGAGGAGGAGGAAGACGAUGACUUUGGGGUGGAGUACUUGCUUGCCCGGGAUGAAGAGCAGAGUGAGGCAGAUGGAGGCAGUGGACCUCCCACCCCAGGACCUGCCACUACUCUAGGCCCUAAGAAGGAAAUUAGUGACAUUGCUGCGGCAGCUGAAAGUCUUCAGCCCAAGGGUUAUACCUUGGCCACCACGCAGGUGAAGACUCCCAUCCCCCUGCUCCUGCGGGGCCAGCUCCGGGAGUACCAACACAUUGGGCUGGACUGGCUGGUUACUAUGUAUGAGAAGAAGCUUAAUGGUAUUCUUGCUGACGAGAUGGGGCUAGGCAAGACAAUCCAGACCAUCUCCCUUCUUGCCCACUUGGCCUGUGAAAAAGGUAACUGGGGUCCCCAUUUGAUCAUUGUCCCCACCAGUGUGAUGCUGAACUGGGAGAUGGAGCUGAAACGGUGGUGCCCCAGCUUUAAAAUCCUCACUUACUAUGGAGCCCAGAAAGAGAGGAAGCUCAAGCGGCAGGGCUGGACCAAGCCCAAUGCCUUCCAUGUGUGUAUUACGUCUUACAAGCUGGUGCUGCAGGACCACCAGGCCUUCCGGCGCAAGAACUGGCGCUAUCUCAUUCUGGAUGAGGCUCAGAACAUCAAGAACUUCAAGUCACAGCGCUGGCAGUCACUGCUCAACUUCAACAGCCAGAGACGCCUGCUCCUCACAGGAACGCCAUUGCAGAACAGUCUCAUGGAGCUGUGGUCCUUGAUGCACUUUUUGAUGCCCCAUGUCUUCCAGUCUCAUCGCGAGUUUAAAGAAUGGUUCUCUAACCCCCUAACUGGCAUGAUUGAGGGCAGCCAAGAGUACAAUGAAGGUCUAGUCAAACGCCUCCACAAGGUAGGGCCUAUAACAGUUUGGCAGGGGGAUUGGUAGUGGCAAACUAAGGGCAGUACCUAAAAAA